CAAUGGUCCCGCUGGCGACGCCGGGUGCGCGCUCGACGCGACAGGGCAGCACGGUCGAAGGCCUCGUCUCGCCCAAGAUGAGCGGCAGCUUACCUGCCUUGCCGCGCACGGACCCCGCGCUCGGCGCCCUCAAGGCGCGCAAGAAGAUGAUGCAGAAGCAGCCGCCGACGGCGCGCCCGCACACGGCGGUCGGGGACUUCGAUGGCGUCAUCUACCAGAGCCGCAUCAAGGCGCCCAAGGCGUACGAGACCACGAGCGUCAAAGAGCGCUGGCUGCUCGCGGCCGUGCGCACGGUCCACACGGCGGAUGCGCUCCUGAGCAACAACAGCCUCAGCGGCGCCGGCAACGCGUACAAGCACCUGCACAACGCCGAGGCGCGGGCCCGCUGCGCCGAGUCGCUCUACAAACUCUCCAAGCAGCCGCUCUCGGAGCUCAUGAUCAUCCAGUCGGGCGCGAUCCAGAACAUUGCCGACCUCACCGACGUCGAAGACACGCACCUCGCCCACUACUGCGCCGCGACGCUGGCCAACCUCACGUCCACGGCGGCCGAGGAGACGCUGGCGGCGUUCAUCGCCAAGAAGGGCAUCUCUGUCGUGCUUGAGAUUUCGUGGUCGCCGAGCUACGACGUCAAGUGUCUCUGCGCGCUCACUCUGUGUCGGCUCUCGAUUGCGCCGGCGUUUGCAAAGUUUCUGCACUCGUCCAAAGCGAUCAUCGAGCUCUCGACGAUGCUGUCGCUGCCGUAUGCGCCGCUGCAGCAGCUCUGCGUCCAAGCGCUGAGCAACAUGAUCGCACACGGCUGCGACUUUCCCGAAAAGCUCUUCGCGGGCGGCGGCUCCAACGCGCACACGAACCUUGGCGUCAUCCUCGCGCUCUCCCAGCUCGUUCAGGACCCCAAGCACGGUCCGUUUGCGGCGGCCGUCAUUUUUAACAUGAGUCUGCAGCCGUCGAGUGCGUCGGGGGCCGUCCGAGGCGGCGUCGGUGAGCUCCUCUACACCCUCGUGCACGCACCCCACGUUCACCUCCCGAACCGAUCCCGGCUCCAGACGGUCCAGUCCAUCAAGGACAUGGUGCUGCACGAAGAGCAGAUGGGCAUUUCGCGCCUCCUCACGCGCGCACUGGGUCAUUUUUCAAAGUACGUGGACCUGCACCUGCUGCUCGGCGCGUGGAGCCUCAAGUCCACUCUGUACCUCCUCUCUCUCUACGAGUCGAUGCGCUCGACGCACGCGAGCGCGUUUGCUUUCAUUUUGGCGCCCGCGAGCCGCGUGCUCGCGAACCUGUCCGCGAACGAUGAGUUUGUCAAGGUCGUCCUCUCGGAGAACGAGUCGCUCGUGAAGCGCACCGUCGAUCUCUUCAGGUGGGCAGCGGCCGACGACGAGUGCGCCCACAACGCGAUGCGCACGUUCGCGAACCUCACGCGCAACGCCCGCUGCACCAAGGUGCUCGUGGCCGCCAACGUCGUCGCCGUCCUCAACACCGUGCUGCUGCUGCCGCCAACGACGCUGCACCUCCCGAGCUUGAAGGAAGACGCGGUCGUCGCGCUCAUCAACAUUGCGUGCCACCAGCAAAUGCCCGAGAGCUGCGUGGCGCUGGAGCUGGACCGGAGCCUCGCGUGUGCCUUCGAGGCGCACAAGGCGACGUCGCCCGCGUUUGGCUACGCCGUCGCCAAGACCAUGUGCUACUGGACCUUUGACGCGCGGCUGCGAUCGAUGAAAGCGACCGCCGGCGACGCCUUCCAUUCGGUCAAACCCCGCAUCGCAUCGCCGCUCGAUGCGUUCGACGACGACGGUGUCCACGCGCAACUGCGCUUCUUGGCCGCCAUGUGCUAUUGCGCGAGCGACGUGCGGUCCAUCGCCCACGUGCGCGCGCUCGUGCAAGUGAUUUUAACGUCAAUGGCCUCGAGCCACGGCGCCGUCGAAUACUACUGCGCCGGCAUCCUCUUUGCCCUCUCGCGCACGCUUUUGUGGCUCUUCUACAACGACGACGGCGGCAUCGAGGCCGAGUGGGCCGCCGUGCUGUAUGCAGCGCCGAUCCAAGACGCGAUUCUGCGCCUCAGCCGGUCCACGCUGCAGUCGCAGACCGCGUACACGAGGGGCACGCAGGCCUUCUGCACCAGCACGCUCUACCACGUGUGUGCGUCCGAGCACACGAGCGCACAGGCCCUCGCGGCGCUCGUCGACGCCUGCAACGAGAGCAAGGACCCGGCGACGCUCAUGGCCUGCGCGUCAACGUUUGCGAUCGUGUCGUUCACGGCGGCGGGGCGAGACUUGCUCCUCACCACCCACGGGCUUGCGCACGCGCUCAACAAGCUAGGGCGCGCGUCCGUGUGUCAGCAGAACGCUGCGAUCGCCGCCUGCAACGUCGCGAUCGCAGGGUGCAUAUGGAAUGCGGAGGAGCUCAAGGACUUUGUCGUUGUCGCCCUCUUGCGCUCCAACUCGAGCGACGCGAUCCAGGUGCAUGCCAAGACGCUCUACAACCUCCUGUCCCACCCGACGUCUCGGCAUCAAGUGAUUGAAGAGGGCGUGCUCUACUCGUUUCUAAAGCUCGCGCAGCUGCAAACGAAUGGGCUCAGCGGCCUCGAAGAGACGCUGUCUCUCUGCUUGCACGCGCUCUUCAACCUCAGCGACCACGCGGGCCACCACGACACGCUGCUCAAACUCGGCGUGACACCCUUUCUUUUUACGGGCGUGAGCGGUCGGCGGAAGCGCAUGCUGCACUUUCUAAACGUCGACAGCCGCCGGCACGCGGUUGGGCUCCUUUGCAACCUCAGCGCGCGCGAAGCCAACCACAAGGAGCUCAUCACCAACGCGCAGGUCGUCGACAUCUUGCGGGCGCUCUGCGACGGCGACGUCGAGACGCGCGCGAGUGCGGCCAUGACACUGCGCAACCUAACCUUGCACUUGGCCAACGCCGAAGUGAUGUGCACGAGGAAUCUGCUGAGCUUGCUCUUGGUCUUUAUGACGUCGGGCCACGAGACCGUCCGGCGCCUCGCGGCCCAAGCGCUCGGCAACUGCUCGCUCGUCACCGAGCUCGUGCAUCUCUUUCAGCAGCUCAACGUCGCCGACGCGCUCCUCAACGUCCUCCACUCGCCGCACCUCGACACGGAGACGGCGAUGGCGAUCCUAAAGACACUCCACAACCUCGCGCUCGACGACACGCUCGCCCUGCACCUGCUGCAGACGCAGGUGGUGGCGCGCUGGCAGGCGCUACCCGCCGCCUUCUGGUCCCAAGUCGAGCUCAGUGCGGUGGCCGCGGCGACAUGCCGUGUCCUGAGUCAAAAGCCGGACGGCGCCGAUCUCGUCGCGAGCCAGCGUGCGGUCGAGCUCUGCCUGGCGCUCUGCGCGGGCAACUCACCGACGUCGUCGCUGAUUUUCGACUGCCUCGCGUGCUUGGGGCACCUCUCGUCGCAUGUGGAAAGCCACCCAGUGCUCUUUGAGAGCGACGUUGUCUCGGUGGUGCACACGCUACUGGAAACGGCGCGGUCGCUUCCGCCGACUUCAGUGGCCUUUGCCGAGCUCUACCUCUGCGCGACAGCUCUGAUGCGCAACCUGUCUCUGAGUGCAACCGACGCGUUGCAUCACAACCACCACCACCAAGUGCUGCAACUGCACCACCCCGCCGCGUCGCUGGCGGAGAACGAGUCCGCGUCCAGCCAGCUCAUGACCGGCCUCGGCUGGCUCACAGCCAUGCUCUGCUCGUUUGCGAGCGACGCGGAUGAGGCACGGUAUGUCCGCAUGUGCGCCGAAGUCUGCGUAGCCGUCGCCAACUUGGCCAAGCUCAAGCGCCUGCGCCACGGCCUGCUCGACCUCGGGGUGCUCCAAGUGCUUCUGGACAUCCACAGACGGUUUGGCUCGAACCCGACGUAUCGAUUUAUCAACCAGUCGUGCGCGGUGACGCUGCACCGGUUGGCGGCGGAGGACUCGGCGACGAUGGAGCCUGGCUUGGUCGAAGCUCUGCUGUCGGGUCUCGACCACGCCGACUCGGUGGUGCACGAGGGCGAGCGCGAAGAAGGCAAGGUGUCGCGACUGCCGCUCCAGACGCCAACAUACCUCUCCACGUCCAAAGGCCUCUGUCGGCAGACAUACCGGGACGUGCGCUGGGUCAACUACGUCGUGCAGGCGCCGAACGCCGCCGACGUGACGUGGGACUUGACGGCCGUCCCGAUGGCCAUGAGCCGCAUCCGAGGGCCGCUACCGGCCGUUCAAGACGUCAAGGACGCGCACUGCGAGGUCGCCUGUGCGAGCGAGGCGGACACGAGCAUCGUCCUCGGCAUCGACUUGGAGAAGAAGGACAUUGAAGCGCCGCUGCCUCUCGUGGCGCCCGCGGAGACCGAAGAGUACGGCCGCACCAAGCCGUUCGACCGCCACAUGAAGACGAACCGCCGGCACAGUCGACAGAAUGUGCUCAUGAUGAUGGCGCUGCCGCAACUCGAACGCGACGCGGCGGCGUCCUCGUCGUAG